GAAUCAUCGUCGGGGACUCUACGUAGUCCUAUUUAUAGAUCCAAAUCCGCCGCAUAAAUACGUUAAAGGCCCGCUUUUCCACAUCACACAUUGACUUACCUGGAAAAUACCUAGAACUGAUAUCUGCCUCCUUGGGAUUUGAUGGAAGGCUACAUUUAGAAAUUUCUUCACCAUGUGCUCUAUUCCUGGACUUCCGACACCUGGUGCAAGUGUAACUGUCCUAAUUACUAGGGUAAAUUUAAACCCACUCUGUAUUCUUGUGGAACUCUGGGGUAAUUUUUACCAAGAAAGAAAACCUAGUUACCAACUACUGAAAAAAGAAAUCCAGUUUCCAAAGGAGCGAUUUCGGGAAUUUGAUGGAAAUCCUGGAGAUCUGUGUCUGGUUCAGGUUUUUGAGACUUGGUAUAGAGGUCGUGUUGUUUCUAGAAAUGGAUCCAAUUAUAGUGUGUUCCUUAUUGAUGAAGGCAGAACCAUUGGUGGCACUACCUGCACUUUGGCAUGGGGUUCCAAUGACUUUUUCCACCUUCCUCCUGAAAUUGAGUUCUGUGUUCUAGCUAAUGUGCUGCCAUUAUCUUCUGAAAACAGGUGGUCUCCAAUGGCUUUAGAAUUCCUGAAAUCCCUCUGUGGUAAAACUUUUGACGGAUAUAUCCAAGAUGUGUUGGUGCCUCACAGGGCAUUCCUUGUUGAUAUCCCAUCCAUCUCUAAACAGAUGUAUGAAAUGGGAUUUGCUAAAAAACUGUCCAUCGAAAAGUUUAAGCUUUUUGUUUCAAGGUCAUUGCAGUCCAUCAGUGGAGAUGUGGAUUCUGUUGAUUGUCAUAAAGAAAACAGGCAAGGAAAUGAACAAGUUGGAAAUCACACUCAAGAUGAGAAACGGCAGUGCUAUCUUUAUCCAGAGCUGCAAACUGAAACUGUUGAAACUGUAAUUGUCACUGAAGUCACCAAUCCACUACGUAUUUUUUGUCAGCUGAAGGUUUUCUCUCAGGAGCUGAGGAAAUUAACUGAUCAGAUUACUCAGCAUUAUGAAGGAAGAAUCAGAAUGGAGACAAUGAAAGCGGAAAUCUUGGGUCACCCAUGUGCUGCUAGAGGAAGUGAUGGAAAGUGGUAUAGAUCGGUCUUGCAGCAGGUCCUUGCAUCUAGUAGUUUGGUCGAAGUUCUUCAUGUAGAUUAUGGAAAGAAAGACUUCGUAAAAAUUGAGAACAUCAAGCCAUUGGCAGCGGAGUUCUUUAAAAUGCCUGUUGUAACAUAUGUUUGUUCCCUCUAUGGUAUUUUUGAUAAAGGUGUUGGCUGGACAGCUGCUCAGGUUGAAUACCUAAAAUCUCUACUUCUGCACCGUACUGUAAUUGCUAAAUUUGAGUACCAGAGUCUGUCAGAAGGUGUGCACUAUGUAACACUCUUUGGAGAUGAAAAUGCGAAUAUCAACAUUCUGUUUGGUACGAAGGAAAGAUGUCUGCUUGAAACUGAAAAAUCUUUGGAAGAAUUUGCAGUUCAAAAACCAGCCUCUUCACAGAUAUCUCAGGGUCCACUGGAACGUGAGAAAAUGAGUUCUUCAGUCCAUGUAAGUGCUUCACAAAACAUUGAGACCGAACAUCUUACGAUGAACUCCUCUCACGUGGGAGUUGUACAGUACAUUAAUAACCCAUCUGAAUUCUGGAUUCAGACGCAACGAUACGGUGCUGAAUUUGAUAAGCUAAUGCAGGAUAUUGAUGAUCUUUAUAAUCAUUCAGUAAGUACUGAAGGACUUGUGAAUAACCCCACAGUUGGACUUUUUUGUGCGGCCAGGUCGCAGGACAAUGAUUUUUAUAGAGCUGUUGUCCAGGAAGUCAUUGGUAAGCACAUUAAGGUAUAUUUUGUGGACUAUGGAAACGUGGAGGUGGUUGAUCGAUACAACUUAAAAGUCCUGCCUGACAAGUACCAAGAGUUGCCGGCGUUGGCACUAAAAUGCGCGUUGUCUGGUGUCAAGCCAAAAGAUGGGAAAUGGAGCCAGAGUGCAAUAGUUUUCUUUUCUAAAGCAGUUGAAAACAAGCUGUUACAUAUACAUGUUAUGGAGAAGUCUCAAGACGCAUUCAUUGUGCAGUUAACUGAUCCCACUGUACAUGGUGAAAGAAAUAUUGGCAAAAUGCUUUGUGGUGCAGGUUUGGCUGAGUGUAAUGAUUCUAAGAAAUCUUCAACAAGAUUUGUUAAAAAGCCUGUUGCAGAGGACUCCAUUGUCCAUUGCUUUGAAAGGGACAAGAUGAAACAUGAAGGGACUCCAACUUUUCCCAGAAGUCCUCCAACUACGGUGACUGAUGCCAGGUCUGUUUUUAAGGAACACUUGUUUCCAAUUGGAAGUUCAGUGGAAGUUAGUGUAUCGCACAUUAAAAGUCCAAAUGACUUUUGGUGCCAAAUUGCCCAAAAUGCAGGGAGCCUGAAGUUGCUCAUGGAAGACCUUCAGAGGCACUAUACUAACAGUAAACCUCAGCAGCUUGUGGAAGCUGCAUGUGUUGCUAGGCUUCCCGACAGUGGAAUGUGGUAUCGGGCACUUAUAAUUUCCAGAGAUGCAUCUCCACACGUUGAUGUGCUCUUUAUAGAUUUUGGGUGGACAGAGAAGAUCCCCAUUGAAGACCUUCGUCCAAUUAAUCCAAUCUUUCUAAAACUAAAAGGCCAGGCUUUUCGAUGUAGCUUGUACAACUUGAUCCAUCCCAUGGAUCAUUCUACUUUAGAAUGGAGUGAUGUAGCUAAGUUAGAGUUUCAAAAUUUUGUAGAUUCUGCAGCUUCCAGUCACCUGAGCUUGAAGUGCACUAUUUAUGCUGUGAUGUGUGAUUCUCAAAAUGUUGUUUUCAAUGUGGCUGAUCUUGAAACUCCCUUUCAAAAUGUUUGCAGUUUAUUGGUACAGAAGGGAUUAGCUAGUCGUGGCCUUCCAAAAAAGGUGCCUCAUCCCCCAUUCCGCCUGGAUACGUACUACUAUUCGACACAUGAUGUCAAAACCGGAGCGGAGGAGAUGGUGCAGGUUACCUAUGUGAAAAAUGUGAACCAUUUUUAUUGCCAGCUGAGGAGAAAUUCAGAUAUAAUCGAGAAUCUGGUAGAAAAAGUAAAUUGUGUCUGCCGUCAGCUUCAGUGCCUCGACUGUCCUAAAACAUUUGGCACUGUCUGCUUUGCCAAGUACACUGACGGACAGUGGUACAGAGGUCAGAUUAAGUCUGUACAUCCCAGAAUACAGGUGCACUUUGUGGACUAUGGUGACACAUUAGAUAUGGAUAAAUCUGACCUGCUUCCCAUUCCUAUUGAAGCAGGUGAGAUAAUGUCUGUGCCUGUCCAGGCAAUCGAAUGCGCCCUCUCUGAUGUCCCAGAAGAGGUAUCCUGUGAAGUCAAUAGGUGGUUUGAGAAAAAUGUCACUGACCAUUGCUUCACAGCACUAGUGGUGGCAAAAGAGCCAUGUGGAAAACUGAUUGUGGAGCUUUAUAAUGGCAAAACGCAAUUAAAUUUGAUGAUCAAAGGGAAGUUUCACAUUGAGACCCCUAAAAGUGGGUGUUUUUCAUUUGAUGGAUAUGAGAAAUCUGAUCUGCCCUUCAGCUGUAGAGCAACCGGUCAAAAGAGGAGUUACCAUAAACAAGUGAUUGAGACAAAGUGCAAGUCUGCUAAAUGCAUGCCAAAUAUUGGAAGUGGUGAUGUAGUAGUUGUACAAAAUCAGCAAAAAACAAAAAUGUACAAUAGUGUUGGAAUUCAGUGGGAACCACUUGUUAUGACAGAACAGUCAAAUUCACUUCAAGAACUGGAUUCAUACAGUGAAUCACCUGCAAGAAAUCUUGCUGGAGAAUGUGAAAGGAACAUCCCUGUAUUUUCAAAAAUGGAGGGAAAGAGCUUCCCAAAGCUGAAUCAACUCCCAUUGAAGGCCAUUGAAGCAGGUUCGAUAUCUGAAGUCUACAUAUCGCACAUCAAUAAUCCAUCAAGCUUCUUCGUACAAUUAACUGAGGAUGAGGAAGAAAUAUAUUCACUUUUGAAUAAAAUAAAUGGUAACCAAUCUGCUGUCUACAUGGAUGCAUUGCAGGAAGGUGAUCUGGUGAAUGCAGUUUUCCCAGAUGAUGGCUCUUGGUACCGUGGGGUAGUGCAGAAUGUGUUUAGAAAUGGCACAGUAUGCAUUGAGUUCAUAGACUUUGGAAAUACGGCAACUGUUUCACAUUCGGAAGUAUCAAGAGUUGAUGAUGAAUUACUGGCUCAUCCACGGCUAAGCAUUCAUUGCUCCCUUAGUGCACUUCCUUUUGUCAGCAAAGAGGUAGCGUGGAACCAGGAAGAUGUAGCAAAUUUUAAAAAAACUGUUGGUGAUAAUGAGAAUAAACUGAUGUGCACGUUCAUUAAACGGGUGGAAUCUGUUUGGGAAGUCUCACUGGAGGAUCAGGGUAUGGUUCUAGCCGAUGUUUUGUUUAAGAAUUGUGCUCCUGUGACAGCAUGUGACACUGUACUCGAAGACCCACAAACCACCAUUACACCUGAUAAAUCUAAAAAGUCUGAAACUGUGAUUUCUUCAUACAAACUACCUGAAAUCUUUGAAGGGCAAGCCUUUGAUGUUUAUGCAUCCUGUAUAACUGGACCUCACUAUUUCUGGUGCCAGUAUGCAAAUACAGAUGAGCUUCAGAGAAUAGCAAAAGCUGCUGAAGAUUUUGGAAAGGCUGCCGAGCAGAAGAACUCUUGGGUUGAGUCUGUUAGUCCAGGAAGCCCAUGCCUUGCUUUGUUUGAAGAUGAACAGUGGUAUCGUGCAGUGGUAAUAACAAAUACUGAUAAGGCCUUAUCUGUUCUCUUUGUGGAUUAUGGGAAUGAGUGUGAUGUAGAUAUAAACAAAGUGAAACAAGUGCCACCUGAACUCAUGGAAACUCCUCCUCAGGCCUUCUUGUGCCUCCUAAGUGAUUUUGAUGCCUCAUUAGGAUCCUGGGAUGACAACGCAUUGGAGCAUUUCACCUUUAUGAUAGAUGAUCUGUUGAAAGUCACUAUUGUGAAAGCGGACGACUUUGUGGACUAUAGAAUACCACCAUUCCAGGUCAGCCUUGAAUGUAAAGGCCAAGUUAUAAAUGAUGCAAUGAGACCUUACUGGAAGAUUUUCACUUCAGUUGUUGAUUCCAUGUAUACGUGCAGUGAACAGUGCUCUCCUGUAGAAGCUGCAGUUGCACAUGUCAGCUCCUCCAUAGCAUUGCUUGGUAUAGAAUCGAAUGGGGAGAAAACGAAUACAGAUGCAAGUCCCGAGGAAAACUGUGACAAAAGCAGCAUCUCCAGCACAGAGUGUAUCCUUUACAGUCAGUCAAAUCUAAAUGUGCCACCACAAUCCCUUCCUGAAAAUAAACCUGCCGAAGAACACAAACAGAACCCAAGUAUUUUGGUAGAACUUCAGAGUGUAGAGGAACAGAAGGAAGAGAAUGACCUGCGUGUAAAUAGUUGUCAUGAAGAGGAUCUUGAAAAUAGUUCACCAGUGUUUAGUGUACGGAAUAAUGAAAAAGGUGAGGAGGGAGAAUUUAUGGAAGAAAAGGAAACUGAAGAGCCUAAGAAGGUCACAGAGGAAAACCCAAGUGUAGUGUCUGAAGUCCUUUUUGGUCAAGAGGAGCCAGAAAUGUCCCCUUUGGAAAUGCUUGCUAAUGAAGGUGACGUGUGUAGGUGUAUUGCACAGAUGAAAGCAACCAGUUUUUCUUUAGAGAUGAAUACAGGGGAAGACACUAUGGGUUCUAAUUCACCCACCAGUGACUUAUUGCAGGACGUAAUGGAAGGGGAAAAGUGCCAUGCACAUGGGAAUGAAAAUGAGAGUCAUAUGGAACAGGCUUACCUAUUGGAUGGACUGAAUACUCCAAUCUGUCGGGACAAUGAAACCGUUCAGUUGGUUGAAGAGGAUAAGCAGCCAGACCAAGGGAUUUUCAAGGAGAGCUCAAGAGCAUUUGGGGAAGAUGUGAGACAGCUCUCCAUUUCUGCCUGUGAAGAUGCUGAAGAGUGCAUAGUGACUCAACCGAACUCCAGUAGUCAGUCACCUUUUGGUAGACUGAAAAUCUCUGAAGACCAGCCUGUCCUUGGAUUGGAGUGCAUUAUUUGGUCCUAUGUACACAACACUUGGUGCAGAGCAAAGGUUUUCGAAUUAUUUGAUGAUUCGGUGAAGGUUCUUCUAUUGGACCAUGAUGGUGAUGCAAUCGUGGACUUGCAGAACAUCUUCAGAAAGGCACCCGAAGAUGCAUCUCAGGAAUCAAGUGUCCUUGACUCUAAUGGACUCCAGCAAGAACCCUGUGAUGGGGAUGGAACUAUGGGUUCUGCCAGUGAUCUGUCGACAGCAGCCACUUCCAAGGAAGAAUCUGAUUUGCAGGUGACGUAUGAUUCCAUUAAAGUGGCUUUAUUUGCUGAAAGUGAAGAAACAGGACUGGAAGAACAAAUCGGAAAUGACAGGGAUGUGACUGCUUUGGAUGUCAAAUCAAUGGCUGGAACAAAGCCUGCUGCGUAUGGGUCAGGGGACGAGACAUUUGGUGAACAGCUGUCCAAGGUGAUGCAUCUAACACUAAAAAUCGAAAAGCUGACCGAUGAUGACGUGUCUGUGAAGGAGAACCGAAUGGGUGGUGAAAGGAAGAAGUGACCUGCAGACCAAAGGACUUUACAUGCUGUUUUUGAGUAUAAGGAUCUUUAAACCCAUGCUAAUUGGUGGGAAAUUAUUCACCUUGUUGCUUUUUAAGUUUAUAUAGCGUCCAGCUAUCUACAAAAAAUGUUUUGUUUGCUGUACUUUCUUGCUUUGGGGAAAAAAAAUAAAUAACUGUUUCAUUGAAUGAA